CUGCGCCUGCGCGCCUGGGUCCGGCUGCCGGGUGGAGGAUGCGCGCGCAGCGCCUCCCGCCCUAGCGGAAGUUUCCGCGGGGCUACUGAGGCUUCGGUGGCUCGCGCCUGGAAUCCUAUCUAUUCUGGAGGCUGAGAUCCGGAGGAACGAGGUGUAAGACCUGCCUGGGAGAAAGGCCAUCAUCAGGAUGGAGUUUCCAGUUCAGUGAGGGCAAGGACCAGACUGUGGGUCCAUAAAGCAUGAUCUCCUUCUGUCCAGGCUGUGGCAAAAGUGUUGAAGCAACAUUUAAGUUCUGCCCGUACUGUGGGAGCCCAUUGCCUACAGAGGAACAUGAGGGGUCAUCGAGCUGUGUCAGCCCAUUCCAAUCAUCCUUCCAAGGCUCAAGGAAAGAGUUCAGCUCCAGUUCUGAAACUUCUCCCAAGAAAGUGAAAUGGUCACACACUGUCCCCUGCCGCAAAUCAACCCUCCUCUCUGAUGGUCACAUUUCUGAGUCUGAAGAGAUCUUCAGUCCCCCUGGGAAGGCCAGAGGGGCCCGGAGCAGAUCCUCAACCCCCAAAAGCAGCCCAAAGGCCAACAGGCAGAGCCCUCAGACACUGAAGCGGAGCCGAGUGACCACCUCACUCGAGGCUUUGCCCACAGGGACGGUGCUGACAGACAAGAGCGGGCAGUGCUGGAAGCUGGGGGACUUCCAGAGCAGGGAUGAUCAGGGCAUUCUCUAUGAAGCUGAGCCUGCCUCUGCCUUCCCCUGCCAGUCAAGGUCCAGGCCUGCAAAACAUCGUUUCUCCCUCAAACUGGAUGCCAAGGAUGGGCGCCUGUUCAAUGAGCAGAACUUCUUCCAGAGGGCUGCCAAGCCUCUGCAAGUGAACAAAUGGAAGAAGCUGAACUCAACCCCGCUGCUCGCCAUCCCCACCUGCAUCGGUUUUGGUGUUCACCAGGACAAAUACAGGUUCUUGGUGUUCCCCAGCCUGGGGCGGAGCCUUCAGUCAGCCCUGGAUGACAGCCCAAGGCAUGCUGUGUCAGAGAAGUGUGUGCUUCAGUUGGCCUGCCGCCUGCUGGAUGCCCUGGAGUUCCUCCAUGAAAGCGAGUAUGUUCAUGGAAAUCUGACAGCUGCGUGUGUCUUUGUGAAUCCAGAGGAUCUGAGUCAGGUCACCCUAGUGGGCUAUGGCUUCUCCUUCCGCUAUUGCCCAAGUGGCAGACACGUGGCCUACACAGAAGGCAGCAAGAGACCACAUGAGGGGGACCUGGAGUUCAUCAGCCUGGAUGUGCACCGGGGCUGUGGGCCCUCCCGCCGCAGUGACCUCCAGAGCCUGGGGUAUUGUAUGCUAAAGUGGCUGUACGGGUCCCUGCCAUGGACAAACUGCCUUCCCAACGCCGAGGGCAUCAUGAAGCAGAAACAGAAGUAUUUCGACAACCCAGAGGCCCUCGUGAGGUUGUGUGGUCGCUGUGUCAAGCCCUCAGAGACCCUGAAGGAGUACCUGAGGGUGGUGAUGAACCUCCAGUAUGAUGAGAAACCACCCUAUGCCGUACUGAGGAACAAUCUCGAAGCCCUGCUGCAGGACCUGCGGGCAUCACCCUACGACCCCCUUGACCUCCAUAUAGUGCCUUAGGUGGAAUCCAGAACUUUCAACUAAAGAGUGAAGUAAUGUGACUAGAGACCUGCUGUUUGAUCAGAGAAGCUUCUAGCAAAAUCCCACAAAUGUGCAUUCCAGGCAUUUCUUUAGUCCUGUUUAAUACCAGUCCAUCUGAGUGACCCUCCUGGUAAUGUCAGCCUUCCUCCUGCCUCUCCUGUGGUCUCCGGCAGCCAGGGGCUGUGGGCAGUGAGGACAGCAGCCCCCCAGAGGCCCCAUACCUCCCCUUCUCUCCCGUACCACUAGGUUUUAGUAAUAAAUUGUUUUAUUGGA